CGGGCCGGUCUCCGCGCUGCCCCGGCGGGCGAGCAGCGGGCUGGGUCCGCCGGUUGUAGCAGCCCCUGGGCCGCCCAGCAGGUGGUACCAGGGCUCGGUACCGGCGAUACCCCCGCUGGCCUGAGGAGGUGCCAGCUGCUCGCCUGGGCUGCUGCGGAGAGGAGCGGCUGGCGAGGUGCGGAGUUUGUCUUCUCAAAGCAAGAGAGCCCAAGCGAGCCCUCGCACCCUGCUGGGCAGCGGGAACCUCGGAGGGGAUGGGAAAGCAGCGGGGGCUGAAGGGAAGAUGGCACAUCUUUAUCCGGAAGCAUCAGAAAAGGUGUCCUGAGCAGCUGCCUGGCAGCAGCGUGAGGCUUUCCCCAGAAGCCGCUCCCGGUGCGCGCCGCGGCUGCGCCCCGCCAGGAGGAGGUGUGCCCUGGAGAACGUGUGCCCGGCCGUGGGACUGGCCCCUCGGCAGCACCUGCGGCUCGCUGGCUGCUGGUGCCCUUCUCCCUGCUCUCUCCUGCUCAGGACGCGCUGCCCUUCCCUCCCCUGGAGACCCACGGAGCCGCUUCCCGGUCCCUGCCUGCGGGGCCUGACGUGUGGAUGAAAGCAGAAUGGAUCGCUACCGGUACUUCGUCUUCAACCAGAGGAGCAUGGUCAUGCUGGGGCUGUUCCAGAUCGCCCUCAGCACAGUGUGCGUUGUCAGCGGGUUCACAGAUGGCAUUUUCAGGAUGGAGUCUCAGCUGGGCAAAACCAGAGCUCCAGUGUGGGCUGGGAUGGUGAUGGGAGUCCCAGGUGUCCUGGCUUUGAUUUCCUCGCAGAGGAAGAAUCCAGUUCUGGUGAAUGUGCUGAUAGUUGCUUCUCUGCUCUCUUGUGUUGCCAUCCUCAUUGUUAUAGUUUAUAGCUCCCUCACACUGAACUAUGGUGAAGAGGAGGAGCUGAGCUCUGCCCCAGUCCAUGUUAUCCAUACAAAGUUUGUACUUAAUAAAGUAGUCAAGGGUGCUAACCUAGCCAUGCUAGCUGCAUCCAUCAGCAGCGUGUUUGUUGUGCUGGUGAUGGCUUCCCUGGGGUGCCGGAGCCUUCCGCGCUGCUCCUGCUACAACAGCGUCACUGGGAUGGUCCUGGAGGCAAAAGUUUUAACUUCCCAGAUCAGUUUCCAUCCCAGGACUUGGAUGCAGAGGAAGACUCAUCCAAACCCCCACCAUACAUCAGGAUGGCUUGAGAAAGCAGUUGAACAUUUUAAAGCUACUAGUCUAAAAAUGUGGCUAGACAGAGGUAAGAAGUUCUUCGUCUUUGAAGAUGGUUAAGCACUUUUCGUUGGCCUUUUGAAAAACACACACAGAAAGAGAGAUCUAUUGAAUGCCCAACAUUCAGCAGAGAUGACAGUGCCAAGGAAGAUAUCUGCAGACUCUUUUGAACAUUCCGACUUUGUAUAGUGAAAAUACCUCAUUGUCUCUGGAAAGUGUGAGCAUUUUUUCCUCCAGCUUUUGUACGUAAAUAAGGUUUUAUUCCACAAGAAUUCAUCAUGCAGUUUGUCUACCAGUGCUAGUCUUAAACAUUCAUAUAUUAAAUAUUAUUAAUUUGUAAAAUAAACUGGUUGUGGAAUAUUUCACCCUGCCACCUGC